AUGGACCUGAAUCUGCUUGAGGCGACUCCCAUAAGCGACGAGGUUCUCCGCGCCGUCUAUGCGUCAGACCAGGAUAUGUAUCCUGUUGCUCUCUCGUAUGAGCGCCUGUGCAGCUGGGUCGCUGCGUAUCCUGAGUUGUCUAUCGGCUUCAGUUUAAGGAACGAGAGAUCAUCCAGCACCACUGCUGCUGCUGCUAGCGAUCUGGGCGACGUGUAUGGCGUCAUUAUUGUGCUACCACUCCGACGUGUGUUCUGGGAGAAGCUGCUUGAUGGGAGGCUGAAGGAGCAGGAUAUUGAAGCUUGGAGCAUGUUUCCCCCGGUAUCAGGUCUACAUACUACAGGAGAGGUGGCAGAGGUAGGGUUGCAUGUCUACCAUGUUGAGCGGUUUCCUUCCUCUAGGCCAAAGUCUGUGUCCACUUCAGCUGUGUCGACGGAGGAAGCGUCAGUUCGGACAGGGUUUGCGGGGUUUGCUUUGGGAGAGGUGCUGCGCCGGGCCCGGGCGAAGCGGGACUGGCAAGUUGUUGGAAUCUCGGCCAUCACAGCUACUCCCUCCGGCAAGAGGACUUUUGAAACGCUGGGCUUUGCGCCGACCGGUUACAGAGAAGCGUUUGUUGCUACAGCAAUGACGGGGACAACAGGCGAUGCUCAGGUCGAUGGGCAGGUAGAGAUGAUCUCCAUCGGGCCCCAGCAUACGAAUGAUGAGCCAGGGGAUGAACAGACCAAGAAAAUUGCCGACGGGCGUGCCAUCAUCUCAGUGUAUGAGAUGGCGGUCAAGUACGUCUGA